GGUUCCAGAUUUUAUCCCUGGUUUUUUCAGUCCCACUGUUCAGCCCCCAAAAUCUGGAACUCAGUUCUAAAACCUUCAAAAUCUCCAUCCCUGCGACCAGCACAUUUUGGAGGAUUCUUCCCUCUCUCAUUCUCGAUCUUCCAACCCAAGUCGCAGACCCCAAAAUGAUUUCUCCAUGCUCUCCUUCUUUAGAGCUACCAAUUCCUCCUCCCCAAACCCCUGCAUCCCAGGGCCCCAUAAUUCCACCUCCUCCCCUACCCCCAAAUCUCCCGGAAUUAGCUUUUCCACCCUCCCCCUCAAGUCUCCAGACCUCUAUUCCCCCACCACCCCCACUGCCGCCUCCACCCCCUACCACCAGGUUUUCUCCCCCUCACGUCUUCGGCUUGGAGAAGAGCCAGCUCCUGAAGGAGGCCUUGGAGAGGGCCGGCCCAGUCCCCAGGAGCAGAGAGGACGUGAAGAGGCUCCUGAAGCUGCACAAGAACCGUUUCAGAAAUGACCUGAAGUGGAUCCUCUUCUGUGCUGACCUGCCCUCCCUCAUCCAAGAAGGCCCUCAGUGCGGGCUGGUGGCCUUGUGGAUGGCAGGCACUCUUCUGGCGCCCCUCAGCGGCACCCCCCUGGAGAGGCUGGUGCAGGUGGCCAUGGAGAGAGGUUACACGGCCCAGGGGGAGAUGUUCUCAGUGACUGACAUGGGCAGGCUGGCUCAAGAGGCACUGGGCUGCCAGGCAGAGGUGCUCUACGGUGGCCUGGGUGCUCCCAACAGAGACCACGUCCUGCAGCACCUUGUCGCCGGACAUCCCCUGCUUAUCCCCUAUGACGAGGACUUCAACCACGAGCCAUGUCAGAGGAAGGGCCACAAGGCCCACUGGGCAGUGAGUGCAGGGGUCCUGCUGGGUGUGCAGGGUGUGCCCAGCCUCGGCUAUGAGGAGGACCCUGAGCUGCCAGGCCUGUUCCACCCGGCGCCCGGCGCGCCCCGCCGGCCACCAGCCCUGCCAGAGGAAGGCUCCCCAGGAGCCGUCUACCUGCUCGCCAAGCAGGGCAAGAGUUGGCACUACCAGCUGUGGGACUACGACCAAGUCCGGGACAGCAACCUGCAGCUGACGGACUUCGCGCCCUCUCGGGCCGCCGACGGCCGGGAGUACGUGGUGCCCGUCGGCGGGGUGCAGGCCGGCCUCUGCGGCCAGGCCCUGCUCCUCCGCCCACAGGACUCUGGCCACUAGCCUGCUGCAGCCCCGAGCCGGGGUGACGGGGCGCAGCCACAGCUCAGCUGUGUCACCAUUCGCCGACUGCCCCGACUUCUCCUCUGUACGACAGCCUGGGGGCUUGGGCUGGAUCUCUGAGGACCUCCAACCAGAGAUCCUUCAUGCAGGGUCACCCCCGAAUCCAUCCAGUCCCAAUCCUGGGCCUCAGCUCCCCCAAGUCCGUCCCCCAGUAUUGAGCACCUACUCUGGGCUGGGGUUAUAGCCGGGAGCCCCACAGACAAGCUCCCUCUCUGCAAGAGAGACUGACAACCGCUCAGACCCCAGGGCUUGUCCACCCCACCUCAGUGUCGCAGCCACCGUUUCUGGCUGCUGUCCACCCUCUCUCUGGACCCCUUGCUGCUUCCCAGUGUCUGUCUGUCCAUGUGGAGCCAGGGAAGCCUUUUCGAACGCAAACCAGGGACUUCCCUGGCGUCCAGUGUUUAGGACUCCUUGCUUCCACCGCAGGGGGUACAGUUCGAUCCCUGGUGGGGUGGGGGGGGACUUGAGACCCUGCAUGCCACGUGGUGCAGCCAAAAAACAAAACGCAAACCAGUCUCAGCACUCCCCUCCAGAGAAGCUUCCAGCACCACCUUGAUACUUCUUGCAGGGCAGGGACUAAACUCAUCCGGCCCCAGGUCACCUCCCUUGCCCCAGGCUGUUCUUCCUCACGCUUUCUGCCACCCGCCAGGCAUAGUGGCCUCUCGGGUGCCUAGAUUGUCCUGUCUGUCUCCCCCACCCGCCAGC